UGCUGAUUUGUCACAACAAAAACCAGCUUCACACUUCCGGUAGACGGGCACAUCGGUCGUUGCUAUUGGCUCCUCUCUUCACUUCCCAUAAAGCCCCGCGUUGUCAUUUCCUUUUCCUUUUCAGCCAUUUUCCGCUGUAGACGGAGUGAACAGUCAUGGCUCCCAGUCGGAAUGGCAUGAUCUUGAACCCUCACUUUCAUAAAGACUGGCAGAAGAGAGUGCGCACCUGGUUCAACCAGCCUGCCAGAAAGAUCCGCAGACGUAAGGCCCGUCAGGCAAAGGCUCGUCGCAUCGCCCCAAGACCUGUUUCUGGACCUCUCCGGCCAGCGGUCAGGUGUCCGACCAUCCGGUAUCACACCAAGAUCCGUGCCGGACGCGGGUUCACUCUGGAGGAGUUGAAGGCAGCAGGAAUCAACAAGAAGGUGGCCCGCACCAUCGGCAUCGCCGUUGACCCUCGUCGGCGUAACCGAUCCACAGAGUCUCUGCAGGCCAACGUUCAGAGGCUGAAGGAGUACCGCUCCAAACUCAUCAUCUUCCCCAGGAAGGCUUCUGCGCCCAAGAAGGGAGACAGCACUGAGGAGGAGGUCAAGAUGGCUACACAGCUUACUGGACCCGUCAUGCCCAUCAAAAACGUGUACAAGAAAGAGAAGGCCCGCGUGAUCUCAGAGGACGAGAAGAACUUCAAGGCCUUUGCCAGCCUGCGUAUGGCCCGUGCCAACGCCCGUCUGUUCGGCAUCCGUGCCAAGAGGGCGAAGGAGGCCGCAGAGCAGGAUCCCGAAAAGAAGAAAUAAACCAUACUUUGUAAGGAACUGUCAAAAAAUAAAUGUCUAAAAAAAAUCAUGCUUUUGGAGUCUUUUCUU